GGGCUAGAGACUCGACCAAAAACGUACGACGCACGACCAGCGGUGAGCAGCAGCACAGGACCUCUCAUAUGCAUUGGGUUUGUGAGUUUACUUGAUGUCAGCACCCCCAGAGGGUGGGAGGGUCUGCAAAAUCAGAACCCACUAACAACAGCAACCUCUGUUGAAAACUUCAACUAUCACCCGUCUCUGUGACCACCCUCAUGUUCCCGCAGAGCACCAAAUAGUUCAUUCUAAAACCACUGUCGGAGAGCUAAAAGGAAGGAUUUAUUUCCAACAUGGAGGGUGUAGCAGUGGACAACCUCAUAGACUUUGACCUGCCCUCAGACGCCACAGCUCAUAGUGUGGAUGGAGGCCAACACCAGGACCAUACAGACAUUUUCUCCCCAGAGCCUGUGUCCUCCAUGGGAGUUCAACAGCAGCCCCUACUGCCGGAGCCCAUGGCACCCACCAAGUCCAGCUCACACCACCACCACCACCACCACCACAACCAUCACCAAGAUGAGGGCGAAAACGAGAGUGACGCUACAGAGUCGGCAGACAGCGAGAACGACAUGGACCCGCCCUCUCAUACGUGGGAGCUGAGACGGUCAUCAUCCUCGUCCGCUCACAGCGGGGAGGAAGCUGAUGCUGAGACAGUGGAGAGGAGGCAGUUCAUGAAGGCUUAUGUGGAGAAAGUGUUUCAUGGAAAGGAGGACUUUGACCAGGAAGAGAAGGCUCGUUUUGGAGAGCUGUGCAGUGGAGAGAAUGGCAAAGGCAGGGAGUGGUUUGCCAAAUAUGUCAGCGCACAGCGCUGCCACUCUAAAUGUGUGAGUGAAGCUACCUUCUACAGACUGGUGCAGUCUUUUGCAGUCGUGCUGUUUGAAUGUUACCAGAUGGAUGACUACAGCCCAGCCAAAAAUCUCAUGACUAUGUGUUUCACAUACUAUUAUGUUGGAAAGUCGCAGCCGUCUCCCUCAGAGCUUCUGGAUCGUGGUGGUCCUCCAGCUGCUCUGGACUCAUACCUGAACAAGGCCAACUCCUGGCUGUCUGGGAAGAAGGAUGCUGCUGAGCGCCUCCUUAAAAACACAUCCAAGACUGAUGUCAAGGGCUUCUUUGGAGGCCUAGAGAGCAAGCUGAGGAGCUCAAUGGCGACAAAGACAGAGGAUGGAGAAAGCCCAGUUGAGACAAAGUCCAAAUCACCAGUGUCUGAGGCUGCAGAGGAAAAGAAAGGGGAAAAGGUGUACCUGUACACCCACCUGAAGCAACAACCCAUCUGGCAUACACUACGAUUUUGGAACGCUGCAUUCUUUGAUGCCGUCCAUUGUGAGAGGAAGAAAAGGUCACCAACCACAAGGGAGAAGUGGUGUCAUAUGACCCAGGAGGAGAGGGACGACAGCUCCAAAAUCGAUGAGAACAUCGCCUUCGGCCAACUGGGGACAUUCACUCAUAAUAUGCUGGCAUUUGGGCUCAGUAAGAAGCUCUGCAAUGAUUUCCUGAAGAAGCAGGCUGUCAUUGGGAACCUGAAUGAAGAGCAGUACAAGUUGCUGAGUGACCACAUAGAGAAAAUGGCGACAGAGUGAGUUUGAGGACGUCAGGCUGCAUUUCAAAGUCUCCACAUGACAGACUGACAGCCCACACAUCAGCAGUUUCUUUUCAACUCAACAUCACAGUGACCAAGUCUGCAUUUGACUGUUGUCGCAUUCGUGUGGUGCACUGCUGAAAAACACCAUGACUUACUGUAGUGAACUGUGCCGUAGUUGUAGCAAACCCUGUUUAUCCAACUUGGUAGUGCUCCUCUGCGCCCUAUCUUGUAUCCUAUAACGCCUCUGUCCGUGACAUGCUUCACAAAAACCAGAAGCAUUCAGUGAAGCCAUCCAGUAUAAAACCUAACUAGCCUCAGUAUGGUGUUAGACACUCUGGAUUUACACGUUUUAUUCAGUGUUUCCUUGGUAACCAUAUUUAUUACAUGUUAGUGUAACACAUCUGACAGCAUCUGUUCAAACACUUUACUAAGUAUCAUCUGGCUUUGUUACAGUUUGUAUAAAUGUCUAUAUAUACAGUUCACAGCAGACUUGGGUAUAAUGAUAUAUGGCAAUAACUCAUAGUAUUUGAAUAUGCUGUUCAGGUGACAUUGGAUUAGUUUUUAAUCAGAAAGCGAUCACCGAAUACUCUCUUAUGCUCAUCUGUGCUUUCGGUAACACUGUAGUAUCUUAGUUGGCAAUACAAACCAAGAAUACAGCUUUAACAGCAUGUAACAAAUAACUCUCUCUUUUUCUUUCUUUCUUUUUUUCUUUCUUUCUUUCUUCCAUUUAAAAUGGCAGAACCAAUGUCUUUCCAUGCCUUCUCUCAAAGAAACAGUUGGACAUUUUACCAAAUAUGCUAAUUUUCUUUCUUGCCCGGAGUUAGACAAGAAGAUUGAUGCUCUGGUUGAAUGGUUGAAUCCCAGGGAUAACCACAAUUUGUCAUUUUUACACUUUGAUUUCUGUAUAAAUAAACAAACAAGCUGUAACGUGUUAAUUAGUGAGCUUUAGAAGUGUUUGUAGAUGGACAUUUUACCUUUUGGAAAGAGCCUUGUGUCCAGUCUUCUUCAUGCUAAGCUAACCAUCUCCUGAUUCAUAUUUAUCAGACAGACAGAAGAGUGGUAUCAAUCUUCUCGUCUAACUCUCAGCAAGGUAGCGAUGAAGUGUAUCUCCCAAAAUGUACAACUAUUCCUUAAAGUCUUCCUUACUGUUACUACUUAUUUCAGUCCUGUUUUUGCCACUUUUAUUCUGGCGCACAUUUACAAUCUAAAAGUAUUAAUUUUAUAUAUUUUUUAUUAGAAACUUUAUUAUACCCACGGGAACUCUCUAUCUAUCCAAAGUGCCUUCCAUGGAGGUGAACUUCCCUGUCUUUAUCCUCUAAUGCUACUCCUGAUUGCCCUACCAAACACUAACGCAGAGCCAGCAAUGAUCACUCCUACUGAUUUCCUACUGAUAAACAACUUCUGCAUGCAUAUCAAAUUCUGUAUGUUGCUAUCUGUGUUUUCAGUAAUGGAUUUAGUAUAGGAGUUUAUUUUCAUCUAAUGGGUCUGUGGAGCCAGCAGCAUGGCUAAGCAUGUCGCUUGGGUGGAAGAUUGGUCCACCUUACACAUACUGCUGCAUGUAUAUCUAUCGAGCAUGUGCAAACAACAUCCAGAAAAUGUAAAAUGAGUGACUGAACUGUGUGGUGACGUUCCCUAAUUGUAUUACUUUACCCUACCACAGCGGGGUAGCAUUGUGUUUUCAUUGGAAGCACUUCUCAAUGAGAGGCUCCUGAUUACAAAACAUACUCAGUUGUGCCAAGAAUAUAUCAAUGUGUGUUUUAAAUGAAGAAGUAUGGUUAUCUACAUUUGAAUGCCAGGAUGAUUGCCUUUCUGGCAGGUUGGAAUCCAUUUCAGAUUGAUAAUCUGUUUUAAUCUAUUGUGUUGAUGAAGUCAUUUUGGAAAUACUGUACAUAUUUACCUCUAUAUGUUGUAAUACUUGAUCAUGUGCUGCUGUUUGUGGGUCUUUACCUGUAAAUGUAUCAACAAUAAAUGUAAUAGUUGUGAUCCAUAAGGAAUAUAAAUGUUUAACUAUGAUUAUGAUCCUGAAGUGCCCUCAUACAUCCCAUCUUUGAUUGGUGUGGUCAUUUGAAGUGUUUGCAUAUAGUGUGCAUAGGUAAAUGUGAAUCAUUCCUUUAGAGUGACAUGUCUUGGGCUACAUCUUAGAAAUCAUAUAGAAUACCUAGCAGCCCAUUGUCCACUUUACACUAUGUUAAUUGACCCUGUUCAUUCUCCUAAGUGUCCCUUGCAUGUGCUCAAACUUGUAAACAUAUUCUGAGGUUAUGUGCCGAACGGCUAAACAGCUUUGAUUCAUAAUGUAACCUUUGACUGGACCAUGUUGAAACUUUAAUGCUCUGUACACCCCUCUUGCUUUCUCCGAAAAAUCACAUCCAUCUGUUGUUCAAAUGAUUGAAGUAUUUCCCUGUAUAUUGUACCUGUUAGCUCAGCAUGAGCCUUUGCACUACAUUUAGUCUCAACAUUUUGGAUCCCCACCUUUCCUUGAAUAAUAUUACAAUGAUGCCUUUUAUAGUUGUUCUGCAUGGCUGGUGCACGCCUCUGUCUCUACAUCAAACAUGUGAAAUGUUGACAGUAAUUUGUCUUUAGUUAUAGGGAUAGCAAAACUAUUUUCAUGUUGACUUUGUGUAAACGACCAAAUGAAAUUUAUCAUUAAAGGAGUACAUUAUUUUUGCGGGAUUGUCUUGUGAGUUAAGUUAACUGUGUGUGGUGAUGAGAAUACUCUCCAAAUCCAUGUGUUCCCAGUAGGUGAUUGGUUUUGGGGCUCCAUGCAAACCUUUUAGCAUAUUUGGCAUUGGGUGACUGCAGCCUACCAGAAUUAUUCACAGUAAGGUUAGCAUAAUAAAAACUACUGACUAUUGUACUAGUACAUAUCCUAUAAAAAACUGCAAUACUUAUAUGUAUAAAAACCUGCUAACAUGUUAGCUUAUCAUCCUAGAAUUGGUAGCCAACAGCCCCAUGACAAAAUGUAAUGCUAUAAAUAAAUGUGCUUUAUUGUAAAAUUGACAUGUUGCAACUGAAAACAUGCUAACUCUCUUUGGUCUGUGAUGGGCCUGGUUUAGCUGCUGCGACUGUUACUGUUGGAAUUUCCAAACAUUUUAUGUGAUGGUUGUGACACCACAAACCGCAGCUAAAUGUUGCCUGACUAGCAACUGAGAACAAAGGAUGGAUUAGGAAAUCAACGGUCAUACAGAAUUUAGCCUGUGUACUAAAACGUUAACUAACAUGCAUACUGGGAACACAAGGUUAAUAUCAAUGUGUAUAUUCUCAUUACGAAAGAGCUGACUAACAAAAACAGAGGGACUUUAAACAAGACAGCUUCCUUGUUAUCUGUUGUAUACAGACACCUCUGAACAUGUGUCUUACAGAGAUUUUUGCUGUUUUAUUGUGCUAUGCUAACGUUUGCAUGAAUAUGUUAUAAUGUCAUAAUGUUGAAUCAAGUUGCUGAAACUGUAAUAAAUUUAUUUUUUCUGUGAA